AUUUUCCGUUCUGUUUUUUUUUUUGGCAAUGAACUUCACAGUUUGGCGCCAAUACUCCUCAACAGUGUUUCAGUGAUACAUUUCCCGAGUCGAAAGGAUAUAACGAGGAAAAGUGCGAAAAGUGAAUGAAUUCCACAAGUUGUGUUUUCCUCCUAAUGAAAAUUGUGAAAAUCAUAAAAAAAGCAAAUACGUGAGGACGAGUUGAAAAAAACGGGGAAAAAUGAAGAUCGAUAUCCUAGCUCUUUUACCAAGCCAGAUGAGUGAAAAAUGUAACUUAACUAAAUGAAAAUCAACCUUACAAUUGAUCCAAAGGAGUAUCCUCAUCAAUUUUUCACGCCAACUUGUCUCACUGAUUCCUUCUUCUUCCUCACCUUAGCUCCUCUAAUGCGCUUUGACCUUUUAACUUUGGCGAGUAUUUUGCAUUUUCUCCAAACACCAACAAACAGACAAACACAUGGAAUACUCUAGCACGGGAAUGAAGUCAAAAGGAAAUCCCUCACCAAUUUCUGAGGAUAAUUUCAAUGUUGUGGUCCGUGUUAGACCACUCCUUAGCAAAGAAGUCGAAACUAAGGAUCCGAUGGUGAUACAAUUCCCAGGAAAUGGACAAAUUUAUUGUGAAUGCUCGAGCGGUGGAAGCAGUGCUGGAAGCACGGGCAGUAGUGCCCAGAGACCCAAACUCUUCUCCUACAACGUUGUCUUCGAAACAGGUGCCACUCAAGAGGAUAUACUUCAGUAUUCUGGCAUUAAACGUCUGAUUGCAAUGGCUGUUGAAGGAUUCAGUUGCACAGCUUUCUGCUAUGGUCAGACGACAUCGGGGAAAACCCACACCCUCACCGGACCUCCUGAACUAUUUAUUCGUCGACCAGAUCCAACAGAUGAAAGACAUGGGCUCAUUUUCCGCUCCUUCGUGUACCUCUUUCAAUUGCUGCAGGAGAAGAAGGACACUAAUUUUGUCCUCAAAGCUUCCUUCUUGGAGAUCUACAAUGAGAAAGUGAUUGAUCUCCUAAAUCCAGGAUCAGCCAGAAAACCUUUAGCUGUUCGGUGGAGCAAGAAGUCACGGGGCUUUUUCGUGGAGAACCUCUUUACCGUAGACUGUGAACAAUUGGAUGACCUUCUGGCUGUACUAGAGGAGGGAAUGCGCAAUAGAUCUGUGGGAUCUCACAGCAUGAAUGAGCACUCUUCGAGAAGCCAUACUAUCCUAACUGUGUAUAUAACUUCGGAGCAGCAAGCUGAACGAGGGGUGUUUCUUUCGAAGCAGGGAAAACUGAAUUUUGUGGACUUGGCAGGAAGUGAAAUGACCAAAAAGACCAAAAGUGAAGGGAAAACACUUGAGGAAGCCAACAAUAUCAACAACAGCCUUAUGGUUUUGGGAUACUGUAUCUCAUCCCUGAGCGAUCCGAAGAAGAAACACGGACACAUCCCCUAUCGAGACAGCAAACUCACUAAACUUCUAGCAGAUAGUCUGGCGGGAAAUGGAGUAGCCCUCAUGAUUGCCUGCAUUUCACCAGCACGAUCCAAUCUCUCAGAAACACUCAGCACUUUGAGGUAUGCUGCACGUGCAAAAAAGAUCCGGACUAAACCGUUGAUAGUUAUGGAUCCGAGAGAAGCAAUGAUUCUUAGCCUUAAACGGGAAAUCGACACACUUCAGCAGGAAAAUGAACAUCUUAGAACAGCACUGUACGUGGAGACCGAAAAGAAAUUUGACUCAAAGAGCGGCAGUAGUACAGCUUCUGCAAAUUCAACUUCUGUUUCAGCGCCCAUCAUGAAUCUUGAUGAGAAGCAGGUGACUGAAUUGGAUGGGACUCAACUGGUGGAACUGGUUAAACUCUACAUGCUAGAGAAUCAAUCUCUGAGAACUGAAAACUCCGAACUCUAUACAGUGAGGGAUAUGAUACUACGGGAUCAGGAGAUUGUCUGUCGAGAGAAUGAGAGACUCCUCAAAAAGCUUGAAGACGUUAAUUCAGUCUGCUGCAGAUCUCCAAUUAUUCCCGCUAGACCAACAUUCUCAGCAGAAAUCCUCAAUAUGUCCACUGGAAGUGACCCAGAGCAGCCCAAUAUUUGGAUUGCGCCAUCCGGCACUCAAGAAAACCCCUCAACAUUUUAAUUCUAGUCAAUUUUUCUAAAAGCCCUCAAUGGCGUCAUCAAUAGAGAGUAUUUUCACGCAAAUUAAGACACGAAGACCCCUUCCUCCCGUGACAAAGUGAUAAAUGUGAGGCUCUUCGUAAACAUUGUAAAUGAAUAUAUUUUAGGGAAAAAUUUACACGUAGAGAAAAUUUUAUUGAAUAAAGUGGUUUCCAUGGAAAUGCUUUUGGUUCCAAACAAACCA